GUUAUUUUAGGUGGGCCCUCUGUAAAUAUGUGUUUUUGACAGGUUUAUUUAGAAGAAUGAGGCCUAAAGAUUUGAUGUUCACCAUUGGGUUGAUGACUGGAUUUUUCACCCUUCACUUACUGCUUAACUCCAUAGUUCCAAUGGAGCAGGUCUCCGUCUCUGUGAGGAAUGGAAAUCAUCGGCUUAAUGGCCAUAAUGCAUACACAGAACCAAGUAAAAGGAACAACUCGGCAGGAAAUUCCCCUACCUCUGCACGGAUUUUGUGUUGGAUUAUGACCGGACCUAAGAACCUGGAAUCACGAACCAAGCAUGUCAAGGCAACGUGGGGAAAGCAUUGCCACAAAGUGCUGUACAUGAGUUCAGUGAAGACAGAUUUCCCUACUGUGGAGCUGAAUGUGAGUGAAGGAAGGGAAAAUCUGUAUUGGAAGACCAUCAAAGCUCUCCAGUACAUCCACCAGCACCAUUUGGAUGGAGCCAACUGGUUCCUGAAAGCAGAUGAUGACACAUAUGUGGUUGUAGAGAACCUGAAGUACAUCUUAUCCAAAUUUGACCCAGAAAAACCAUUGUACAUGGGUCGCAGGUUUAAACCAUUCAUAAGUCAAGGCUACAUGAGUGGAGGAGCAGGUUACGUCCUGAGUAAGGAAGCACUGAGGAGAUUUGUAAGAGGUUUUCACACAGGAGAAUGUACUCACUUCUCCACAAUAGAAGACAUGGCUCUGGGGAAAUGUAUGGAGACCAUGAAAGUGGAGCCAGUAGACACCCGAGACAUGAAGGGCAGGCAAACAUUCCAUCCUUAUCCUCUAGACCAUUACGUUAUACGACAACAGCGAAGACCUCGGCCUUGGAAUAUGAUUUAUGACUACUAUACUCCAAUUGAGGGUCCAAAUUGCUGCUCAGAUUUAGUUGUAUCUUUUCACUACAUUUAUGCUGUUCAGCAGUACGUGUUGGAGUAUCUGACCUACCAUCUACGACCAUAUGGUUACAUAUAUAGAUUUAGACCUGAUGAAAGCGUGGAAGCUGACAACAAAACUAACAGAGGAGCAUGA